UAUCAAGGUAUCUUUAUUUCCGUUAUAAGAGUAUUUGGACAAGCAACAGUUUUUUUUCAAAAUUUUGAAUGAACAGCGUACCAAGACUAAUGGCAUUCCGUUGAACUAUUCUAAUGGAUGCCCUGUAGGUGUACAUUUAGUUAGCUACCUAGUGCACAUAGAAAUGUGAUUUUUUUUUUGCAUGAAUUCUGUUGGAGGACAUUAUUUUUUUAAUCAAUGCCAAUCAACAAAAUGACAUAUACAUCGCCAAAGCCCACCUUACAAUAUUGACUAACUAUCAAUAAAGGCAGUUGUUCCUAAAUCAGCACUAUUAAGGUUAGGGGAAAAGGGUGCGCGAAGUUGUGUGUUUUUUUUACAUUUGUUUCCUGGUUGCGCAAUGUCGUGAGCACGGAACUUUUGACGGAAUAAUACACAUCUGUGGAAUAAUGUUUCUAAGAAUAUGCUUUUUAUUGGUGUUGUGAAGAUUUUAGGACAUUUGUUUUUAAGUGAGAUUUAAUGAAGCUUUUGUUUUGUGCAGUAUAGAGUGCACAGAAAAUUGGGCAUUCUCAUCGAGCGUCGCAGUCAAAGGUGCUACAAGUAGUAGUAUAGCGCGUACCAGACGACUAGACUUUAUCGGGCGGCUGGUCAUUAACAUCGCGCAGCUGUCUAUGUCCAUCAUUUGUGCAUAUUCAACAUGUAUAAUGAAAUUUUUAUUCUUAUAUAUUCUACACAACUAAUGAAAUCUUCAAAUCAUGUAAAUUUAGUUUAUCUUUGACUCAUUUGCAUAUUUUCAUCAUGUUUUUUUAAAUGUCUAUGCAAAUCUGUUGUCGUGCAUUUUACCAUUUUACACAGUGUUGUGGCAGUUGUGUCAGCGGGCCUCAAGGGUUACCCGGCGUCCCUGGAAACAACGGUCUCCCUGGUAACCCCGGUAGCCCUGGUAACAGUGGCGUCCCUGGUAACAAUGGCGUCCCUGGCAACAACGGCCGGGACGGUGCCAAGGGAGACCGAGGGGAGCGGGGGCCGCCCGGGGAGAAGGGCAGUGCAGGGGAGACGGGACCUCCAGGCAUGCCGCCCCGAGUGAACCUGAAGCAGUGUGCCUGGAAAAACCUGAACAGUGAGGCGGAAUCUGGGAUGAUCGUGGAGUGCGCGUUCAACAAGAUCUCCCCGACAUCCGCCCUUCGUCUGACGUGGAACGGUGACCUCAGGAUUUGGAAGACCUCCAACGCCUGUGCGCGCUGGUUCUUCACGUUUAACGGAGCUGAGUGCGGGAACCCCUUCCCCAUCGACGGUAUAGUCUACACGAGCGACGCUGACCUCAACAUCCAUCGUGUGUCUACAAUUGACGGCCUGUGUUACAACCUGCCGGCUGGGCCUGUGACCGUGGCUCUGAACGUCGGGGCGUGCGCAGACCCACGCGGAACCCCGGACGCCUACACAGGGUGGAACUCCCACUCAAGGAUCAUCAUCGAGGAAGUCGACAUUUCAACCGGAGAUUAAACUAAGAUAGAAACUUGUCUGUUGCUAUUGGUCAGUGAUGUGUUGAAACGACUAUGUCAAGCAGAUUCAAAACCUACAAUAGGGGCCAUGAAGUCAGCAUGUUUGUUUAUUAGACCGAUGUCCAUUAGUUUGUACAGAUUGAGUUUCCAUACAUACUAUUCUU